AUGGGGAAGAAGGGCAAGACGGACGAGCCGGAGCGGGCGCCCAUCGACUUCGACCGUAUCGAUGGGGAGAAGUUAGUGGAGAAGUCGCUCUUCAAGCUGCGAUGGGCGUCCGAGCCGAUGAUCCGGUCCUUGAAGCUGGAACCCUCCCCCGCCUCCACCGCCGCCACAGCCGGGGGUGUCCCCGCCUUCACCACCACGGCCUCCUCCGCGGCCUCGACGGGAACGUUGGAGCCCCACGUCUUCGACACGGCGAAGCUCGGGACCGUGGUGGCCAAGAGCGGCUGGGCCAACUUCAAGCUGACGGAGGGCAGGUUGCCCACCAUCCAAGACAAGCACGCCGGGCGGCGCGUGAGCGGCAUGCUGGCCUCCAGCUCGAUGCCCUCCGGAAUCUCCGGCUCCCCCGGCAGCAGCUUAGAGCUGGCCGGGCGCCCUGGCCUUGGCCUCUCCGGCUCGGAUCUCCGAAGUCGUAAAAACUUCAAGAACGGGCUCGACGAGGACGGAAACCGAAUGAAGCGAGCUGACCAGUACUUCCAGCUGCUGAUGAGGGCCAAGCAGAAGAGGGACGAGGCGAAUCGGAAAGAGGGCGAGGCCUCCGAGUGGGAGCGCGCCGAGGGCGCUGCCCGGGUGGCCUUCGAGCGCUUGAUGGGCACGGUGAAGCACCGGAAGGAUGAAGGUUCAGAUGCGUCCACCGACUCGGAGGCAGAAGAGCCCGUGGGCGAGGAAGACUACGGACCUUUGACCGCAUAUGACGGGCAGAUGAAAGUGGACAUCGACUUCGUAGUUGUCGUUCCUCACCGAGAGGAGAAGGAGGAUGAUGAGGAGGCCGAUCUGAACCUCGCCGACCUGCAGGACCUGCUCCCGGAUGGUCCGCCGGACCACGCGGAGACCCCGAAGAGCGCCGUCUCGGGCACAUCGACGCCCCCGCUGGACUUCUCGGACGAGAUGGAGAGCCUCAAGGUGGAGCUGAAAAAGGCCGGCAAGCUGGACGACGCACCCAAGGGCAUCGCGCAGAGGGCCGCCGCUGAGGAACGGCAGGGCAUCCAAUCAGAGAAGAAGAUGCCCAACGUCUGGGACAACCCGUUUCCAGAGUGGACGCUGGAGACGGGCGGAUCUAUGUACUUCAUCCCGGACGCAGAGCGCUACUCAUGGUGUCCGUCUCUACCUCCGCCGCCUCCUCCUUCGGUGUUGGGCCGUAGGCGAUUGCGCUUGAAGCCGCGCCUGCCUUUGACGCUCUCCAACCACCGGUACAAGGAUGAGCAUCCGAACAUCUUCCCGCCGGAUCCCUUCCGCCCAAGCGAGGACCAUUAUGCUCGCUGGGAGAAGAAGAUCCUCACCUACGACCUUUAUAGAAGUUGCGUGGAGUCUCUGGCGAAGAUGCCUCCGCAGGAGUUCCAGAAGGAUGAUUACAAGCACCGGCUCAAGUUCGGAAGCUUCAUGGAGGAGGCGCUCAAGAGCAGCGUGGCCUGGAAGAACUGGCGGCGAAAAGAGCGGCGACGCCAGAAGGACGAGGAGGCGCGGAAGGCCAAGGAGAGGGCCAAGGAGGCGCAGCGGAAGGCGGAGAAGGAGAGGAAGCUGCGGGAAGCCGAGGAAGCGCUUCGCGUGGACGAGGAAACCAACCUGGAGGAGUUGGUCUUCAAUGAGAAACACCCAGGCCAGCAACUUCUUACCAUGGCCCAGCUCGCCGCUGCUCCCCGCUUCGGCAGCAGCUUCCAUUGGCCCUUCAGGGCGGCAGAAAGGAGCCAGCGCUGCCUGGAGGCCACGGAUGCUGCGGGGGCGGCGCGGCGGCUGAAGCGUUGGGGUCUGGUGGUGCUGCGCCGGAUCCUGCCCGAGGCCCUGGUGACCACCUGGGCCGCCGAGUGCGCAGCAGCUCUGCGCCGGAAAGGACGAGUUGGGAACCGCGGCCGGGGGAGGCAGUAUGCAGUGCUGCAGCCAUCCGCGGCCUUUCUCCAUGAGGAGGGCAUCGUGGGGCAUCCAUUGCUGGACGGGGCACUGCAGCAGGUGCUCGGGGAUUACGCGGCCUACCAGCUGGCGGUGGACGUGGCAACGGAGGGGUCUGAGCACCAGCCGUUGCACUCCGAUGUAGAAGCGGCAGAUCCGACGCAAGCGCCCGUGCUGGUGUCUGCGAACUUCCCCUUAGUGGAUGUGCGGGAGGAGGAUGGGCCCAUGGAGAUACUGCCAGGCAGUCAGGAGGCGCCUCUGGCGCUUUCCCGCGCGCGGCUGCUGCGCCGACCGAAAGCGCUGCGGCGGCUGCUGCUGCGGCGGGGGGACGUGGUGCUGCGUGACCUGCGCACGCUGCACCGCGGCAGCCCCAACGUAAGCGGCCGGCCGCGGCCGGUGGCAGUGUGGGGCAGCCAGGAUGCGAUUCGGUCUCAAGGCACAGGCAUCUCCUUGCGCGAGGAGGACGAGGGUGGGCUGAGUGCGCGGCAGCGCAGGAUCCUGCGGCUGGUGCCCGUGCAGUAG